AAACCCUAAAAACCUAAACUGGACGACAGACUGGCUUUCGUUCCAGAAGUCUUUUCACAAUUCAACGGCCUUGUUGGGAUUUUCAAAGGCUUUCUGACCUUUAAUUGUCGAGGAAAAACUUUCUCCUAGAAAACCCAAUUUUACUGUUUGCUGGGUUUCAUCUUCUUCACCAUUUUGCAAGUCUGGUAUGGAAUAUCAUAUUUGACGGGGCUGUUAAUAAUAUUUUUGAUAUGUUAUGGAGAGUUUAAGGGUUAUGGAUGCUGGCAUUGCUCCAUGCAGUGAUGGAUCGAUGCAGCUUGUUGAUAAUCUUCUAGAAAAUGAAAAUAUGGGUGAUGAGCUCCUUGAGGAUUUAGACUCUUAUUUAGAAGAUAUUAAUGAUCGGUUGACCAUUUCGAGGAUGGUGAGUGACUCUGUCAUAAGGGGCAUGGUUAAUGCAGUUAAAGAAGAUGCGGAUGAGAAAAUUGCUCAGAAAGAAUUGGAGGUGGCUGGAUUGAAGGAUAUGCUACAUCUUUACCAUAUGGAUGCGGAUAAAAAUGAAUUCUUAGGAUCUUCUUCAUCAUGCCAUGAGUCAAAAAUCACAAGUCACUGCAGGAUGUAUUGUAACUUUUCAGAUGUGUUUGUAGAGAAUGAUAACAUGAGAAAAUCUUUGGGCAGCCUCAGAAAUGCUGCUAAAGAUCAGUUCAAGAUGCUCAAGAAAGAAAUUGACCGCUUAAGAGGGGUUAGUUCGAUCAGGAAGAUUAGUUCAGGUUCUGAGCUGCUGGGAUUGGGUGGUAUUCUUCAAGAUAAGGUGUCUGAAAGAUGGACUGAUGUGGAUAUAAUGCUUGAAAAUCUAAAAGCUACAACAGACACUGUCUAUAAAUGGAUGGAAGAUACGCUCCAGUUAUCAAAGGCGUCACACUGUCGAUGGCAGCUAGAGCAAGAGUUUCAGGCUGAUAUUGAAGGUAUGGUAAUUAAGAAUUGCAUCCGGAGUCUCAAAGAAGAGUUUGAAGAAAGACUUUGGGAUCAAAAUGCUCGAUUUUGUGGUAAUGAAAGUGUGAAUUGGCAUGAAAAGAUUGAAGAGAUUUCAAGUUUGCGGCAGGAAUUGGAUGCCAUUUCUAAGUCACUGUCUGUUUAUGAAUUUGGGCAGCUAACUUCUCUUGGGUCCUUAGAGAUUGGUGAUGAUUGGAGUAAUGAUAAAAGGGCUGAUCAUUUCCACCGCAAAGUUUUGAGCAAGCAGGUUUCAUCAUCUUUGGUUUGGGAAGAAAAUGGCAAACAUGAAGAUGCAAAUGGUAAUAUCUCAGAAAAUUCAGAUCCUGCCUAUCUAAUGCACAUGGAGAGAGAUCAAUUGAUUACUCAGAUGACCACAAUGAGGAGAAAUCAUGAGCAGAAAGUGCAAGAGAUGACUGAACUAAACUUUAGCCUCAAGCGAGAAUUAUUGAAGCUGCGGGAAAAGGGAUCUUCUUUGCCAUUGAAGAAGGAUAAGGAGUUUGACAUGUUAAAGAAAAAAAUUCCCCAUUUCAUUUCAAAGUUGGACGACUUUCUUGUGGAAAAUCAGAAACUACCUGCAUUCAACGAAAAUGCUGAAAAUCUUGGCAGUUUGAAGGAAAGAAUGGAGUCCCUUCUUUCAGAAAAUCGCCAGCUUAAAGAUUCACUUUCAGAUAAGAAAAAGGAAGUCAACCGCCUCUCGUCACAUGUUUCUGAUGCUGAAUAUAAAAUGUCACAACAACAUCUAAUUGAGGCAAAUUUAUUAGAUGGACAUAUUAAAGAUUCGAUUAGUGAAGAAGUAUAUAAAUGUGUUCUUAGGGAGUUAUUGUGCCAAAUUAAAUGCAGCACUGAAGAGUCGGACUUGCAGUGUAAUAUGAUGCAAGAAAUUUUUAAACUUGUCUUCAAAGAAGCUGUUCAUAUUUCUGAACCUGCAGGCAAGAAUGAAAUUGAAGAUUCAGAUAUGGAGUCAAUUAUCAUGCAAGCGCUGGGUGGGAUAAUAUUCAGAGAAGUCUUGAAGGAUGCUGAAGAGAAAUUCAGUAACUUGAACAUGAAAUACAUUACCGAAAACAAACUACGAGUUUCUCUUGAAGCGGAGGCACUAAAAAAAGAAGAAGAAUCAAGAUUGGUGGUUCUGGAAAUGGAAAGAUUAAAGCAAGAAAAGGAGCAAUUUGAGUUAGCUUUCAAAGAGCAGUGGAUCUUGUUUUCUAAGAGAAGUAAGGAGUCAAACGUCAAGUUAAAUCAGAAGCUUGAUGCUGUUACCCAAGAGAAGCAGAAGGCUUUAUCAUUGUUCAAAGUUAAAGAGAGGGAGCAUCAAAAGCAAAUGGAAGCAAUAGCCAAUCUUGUCCAGGGAUUUUUGAAAUCAGUUGCUGGUUUUGAAAAUAGAGCAACGGAAAAUAUAUCAAAUACCAGUCUGAGGCUGGAAAGAUUGAUUUCUGAAUCGCGUUUGCUUAUCCCUAAUGCUAAUGUGCUCCGAAGAACGGGAUUGUUGUAUAAGCAGAGGCUUGAAAGGAGAUGUUCUGACCUUGAAAAGGCUGAAGCUGAGGUUGAUCUUUUGGGUGAUGAGGUCGGUACUCUUUUAAGCCUUCUUGAGAAAAUAUACAUUGCACUUGAUCAUUAUUCGCCAAUAUUGCAGCAUUAUCCUGGGGUAAGUUUUUUUUUCUCUUAUUAUUAUUUUUAACUUCCCGUUGGUUACAUUACUUUAUAUUUUUAGCAGUCUUUGGCCUUGAUAUUGUGUGGAAGCAAUCAACUUUCUGACACCUAUUAUUAGUGUUUCUUAUCAAUCAAUUAUGAAAUCCUUUUUCAUGUUCUUGUUCCAGCAUUGCUUAAAUCUUCUCUAAUCACUUUUUCUUUCCGUUCCAAACACUUGCAAACCACUUGCAACAGAAUCACUCUUUUACUUGGAUGUGAUCUCCUGGAACUAAGAGGAAAACCAGAAUCCUCCUAAAUUACCUGCUUCUUGAGUUUAUAAUAGAAAUAGAACUUGCAGGAGGAUCAGACUUUUAAUUCCAGGACUUAACUUUGUUCAUCUAGCCAAUUGUAGUGAUUUAAGCUUUUUACUACUGCUUCCUGCUGUCCUAAUUUAAGCUGCAACAACAGAAGUCUUUAUCUAUGUUGAAGAGUUAUGAGUUAUUGUGUUGUCAUAAAACUGGAAAUUGCAAGCAUAUACAAAAAAUCUUGAAGCAGGCUAAAAACUUCAGUUUUAAAAGUUCUGAAAAAAAAAAAAAAAAAGAAAUCACAUUAUUUCUUACAAGUAACUUUUUGGCCUCAAGUAGAGGGAGAACAGGAGAUUCAAACUAACAACCUUCAUUUUAUGAGACAUGGUCCUCAACCAAUUGAGCUACCUCUUGAGUCAGUACAUGCAAGAACUUCAGAAGUCGCAAUUUUCUAAUGCCAAACCUAGUUUUUCUAAUGGAAAAGAGCAGUUUUUUGUUCAAUCACCAAUUAUCAAAGCUUAAACUGAUAGGAAAUUGUAGAUUUAAUUAAAAAAUUAAUAUUCAAACACUCCUCCUCAUGUGUGGGCUCAAACUCCUCUUCAACAACCGACUUUAAAGUUAAUUUGAUUUUUCAUUGUGUAAAGUGUCAAUUAAGACAAGACUUGCUUGAAUGCAAGAUCAUAGUCAGACGGGUUUUUCCCCCUUAACAAUCUUCAUCAAUGUAUGUUCGAAGCAGUUGUUUAACGUAAAGAAUGCUUCUGGCAUGGAGUUGAAUGGCACAGGUAUUUCUGGUUGA